GUGUGAUCCGCGCGGGAUGAUUCGAGUGUCUGUCCCGCAAAGUGUCUUUCUUCACCUCAACAACUUGAACUAUUUUCAAUCACCCUGGAACGCGAAAGAUGAACUCGAACAAGCUACCUCUCUGCAGGAGCGAUCUGUGAAUUUUUGCGCCUUUCACCAAUCACUCUCGCGCUUGUCGCAGUCACCACUGUCGCUCCGCCAUGAACACGCAUGACCUGCUGUCUUCUCCAUCCUCAUCGCAUUAAUUAAUAUCCACCAUGGCGCCUCCUCGCUACGGGAAUCAGUCCAUGAACGGACCCUAUCAUAUCCAACAAAGUCACCUACAGUCGCAUCAGCAUGGCGCUUUACCUCCUCCAACACACUUGGGCACAGCCUCCUUUGGCGCAGGCGGUUCCUCCCAGGCAAGUCCUUUCGCACUGGCUGGGAGUCUGAACAACGGGUUUGACCGCGGCCUCCUUGAUGGCAGUGUCCUUCCAAACCAGAUGGGGCAGAUGGGCUUUUCAAGGGGUGGUCCGGUGCAAGCACAACAGAAUUUUGACGGGUUGGCUGGUCCGCUUGAAAACAAAGAUGAUGCGAGAAUCCGAAAUGUCUGGAAGCACAAUCUAAAAGAAGAGAUGGCAACGUUGAGACAACUUGUCGACACAUACCCGUACAUUGCCAUGGACACAGAGUUCCCCGGGAUCGUCGCUCGGCCGAUCGGACAAUUCACUACAAAAGCAGACUACCACUAUCAGACGUUACGGUGCAAUGUUGACCUUCUGAAAAUGAUACAGCUCGGUAUAACUCUCUUCAAACCCGACGGUACACUUCCGCCUCCGGACGCUGCGCCCACCAAUAAGUCGCAAUAUCACCAGACCAUGCUACCCACUCCAUGUACAUGGCAAUUCAACUUCCGAUUCUCCUUGCAGUCAGACAUGUACGCUCGAGACUCCACGACGAUGCUCGCAAAAGCCGGGAUUGAUUUCGACCGACACGCCAAGCACGGCAUCGAUCCCGAAGAAUUCGGCGCCCUGCUGAUCAGUUCCGGUCUUGUCCUAGAUCCUAAUGUGCACUGGAUCUCCUUCCAUUCAGGCUACGACUUCGGGUACUUGAUGAAGCUCAUGAUUUGCAAGCCGCUGCCCGAAGACGAAGUACAAUUCCACAAAUACCUGGAGAAGUUCUUUCCAUCAUUAUUCGACAUCAAGUUUAUUCUGAAGCACGUUGGACUCAAGGGCCAGGUCAACAACGGACAACCCCUGACACAGGAAGCUGCAUUGAUCGUCCAACGUCUCAUGACGAAAUCCGGGCUUCAAGACGUGGCGGAGGAACUCGCAGUGGCGCGCCUCGGGCAAGCCCACCAAGCCGGCUCGGACUCCUUGCUUACUGGGCAAGUGUAUUUCAAGAUGAAGGAGAAGAUCUUCAACGGCACCAUCGACGAGGACAAAUACCGAUCACAGGUCUGGGGCUUGAACGCGCAGAUGCCCACCAUGGGCAGUGCUGGGCCCGGAAAUGGUCGCGAUUUCAGCACUCCGAACAUGAACGGCGCGACGUUCUACAACCACAACGGGACACCUACUACUCCGCAGACAGGAAACAUCGGCAUGGCCGGCGCUGGUGGACCUACGCACACUCCGGUCCCUUCUCACGGCAUGAUGGGAAGCAUGACUCCCGGAGGGUUUGGCAAUUUCCAGUACCAAAAGGCGAUGAGUUAGAGGCGAUCAUCUUCUGACCACGAAUAUGGCCGCAGAUACAAAAGCCAGAAUUCCCGUCAUCGCGCAGCUCAAUUUGCCUCUGAUUGGACAUGAAGAUUCCGGGAGGGAACUGUCUGCGACUUCAACUGCGCCACGUGACGAAAAGAAUUUCGGAGUGGCCACGUCAGUAAGCAGAUGGCUAGAGAGUUCCAUAAGGACAAUUUGAAAGGCUUGUUUGGAGUCACGGGGGUCGAGCGGAAGGCAAAAAGAAGUUGUAUUCUGGUCUUGCAGUGAAAGUCGGUACCCUUGUUGUAGGCGUUUUUGCUUUGCUGCUUUCAAAUUGCUUUCUGCGACGCAAUGUAGGCAUGAAUGAUACUGUACAGUUUUCUUGCGAAUUGACUGGGCUGGCGUCCGCAUGGUAGGAAGUAGGGGGUGAUGGGCGGCAGGGACAUAAAAACAAGGACAACUUGAACCCAACAAGCACGAUUUGAUCCUUUUGCACAUGGGCCAACUAUUCUGGAGACUCUCUUUCUCUCUCCUGCAAAACAGUAGGUAUGUAGAAGCACGAAAUAGAUUAUUAUUAAUGUUAUUCGUGAUCAAUUACCUGAUUAUCGUAUCGAUUUGUCUCGCCUGCACUGGUCGAAACCGGUGAGCAA